AUGGCCCGCCGCCGCAACCCUCCCGGCACGACGCCUCUACUCCUCCAUCCCGCCAUUCCCUCCUCCUCCUCCCCCGCCGAGCUCCUCCGCGACCAAGGAAGAAAUAAAGCAAGCAUCCCCAACAAGCGACCCAAGCUCCCCACAUCUUCAACCUCAACCUCCUCCUCCAACGACAAAAAUGCAGCCCACAAGCCCCUCCCCGACGUGGCCUCCAAAAUCUACACCGCCCUCCCGCCCGCCUUCCUCGAGAAACUCUCCCACCUCAUGGACACCGCCCAAACCCGCCUCCUAACCGCCUCCACCACCCUCAACGCCCUCACCGGCUACGCCCCCAUCGAGGCCAUCAAGCACCAAAACACCCUCCUCGAGGCCCGCCUCGCCGCCGCCCAGGACCAAGUCCGCACCGCCCGCCACACCUACAAGACCACCAACGCCAAGCGCGCCACCACCCAGCGCGAGGUCACCACCCUGCUCGCCCGCAAGGAGACCUGGUCGCCCUCCGACCUCGAGCGCUUCACCCAGCUCUACCGCACCGACCACGAGCUCGAGCAGGAGGUCGUCGCCGCCUCCGAGGCCCUCACCGACGCCGAACACGCCGAGCAGGCCCUCGGCCAGCAGCUCAACGCAGGCAUCCUCAAGCGCUACCACGAGGAGCAGAUCUGGUCCGACCGCAUCCGCCGCGCCUCCACCUGGGGCACCUGGGGCCUCAUGGGCGUCAACGUCCUCCUCUUCCUCGUGCUGCAGUUCGUCGCCGAGCCGUGGAAGAGGAAACGCCUCGUCCGCGGCGUCGUCGAGCAGGAGAAGACCGUGUUGGAGGGCGUGACGGCCGAGCUGGCGAGUCUGAGAGCGUCCUUGGCGCAACAGCGGGAUGAGCCUGCCGCACCUGCGAUUGGGGCUGCGCCGGUCGACGAGCCCGCAUUUGCUCGCGAGGAAGUCAUCGCCGCCAAGGUCGAGGAGCCCGCGGUGCAGGACGAACUCGAUAGAGAGGUGGCUGGUGCCCUUGAGGGCCUGGAAAAGAAGACGGCCGACUCCAGGACGUGGAAAGAGUACUUGUCCGACCCCGCGCUAUGGAGGACACUAUCCGACACUACGUUUUGGAGGACGCGGCUGGAGGAUCUGUACUCGGAGCGCCGUAUCGACUUGCGCAUGCGUGAUGCUUCCAUUCUCGCUCUCGAGGGUGCUGCCGCGGGUGCCACAGUCGCCGGCGGUCUGGCGCUCCUCCUCCUGCGUAGAACAUAG